UCUGACGUAUAACACAAACAGGAAGUAGACGGCACUGUGAUUUCUGCUUUUAGCAAGACGGCUAGUGUGAAGGGAAACUGAAAUAACUGUUUGUUGGUUCCAGCAUUGAAUCGUCAUAAUGUCUCAAGAUCCUUGGAUACAGAACUAUGACGCCACAUGCCGCCUGGCUCAGGAGAUUGCUGAAAAUAUUCAUGAGCGCAACAGACAGCAGAGGACUGGAGGGAACACAGCCAAGAUUAACAUGACGCUGCGAGCGUCCUUACAGAAGCUGAAGCAGAACAUAACACAGCUGAGGGAGACUCUCAUCCGGGCCUCCUCCCAGCGCCGCAUUAUUCAGUCAGAAGCAGACAGAAGACAGAGCCUGCUGGACAGCCUAUUGACCAAGGAGAAGCAACUUCUGGCCACAUUCAAAGGAGAGAUCUCGGAGGCCGAGCCCGCCAGGACAACGCUGAUGUCCAGUGGGGGCGGGCAGGGCGGCGCGGUGAAUCCAUGGCUCGUCGACGAGACGGAAGAAACACGUGGUCUCAACUUUGGGGAGAUCAAACAGCAGCAGCAGCAGAUCAUCGAAGCCCAAGACGCAGGUCUGGAAGCCCUCUCGGCCGUCAUCAGCCGACAGAAGCAGAUGGGUCAGGAGAUCGGCAACGAGCUGGACGAACAGAACGAGAUCAUCGAUGACAUCACGAACCUGGUGGACAAGACCGACGGCAGGAUCCGCAACGAGACGCGGAGGGUUAAGCUGGUGGAGACCAAGUCGGCUUCCUGCGGUAUGAUGGUGGUGAUCGUGCUGCUGCUGAUCGCUAUCAUCGUGGUGGCCGUGUGGCCCAACUAACGAAGACCUCGACGGAAGACGACUGGAUGUCUUUUUUUAUACCGCCGCAACAUCAGCAAGGACAGCAGGAGCGUGGGCUUGUAUAGGUCGACUUGUGUACAGAGGCCCAGCCCUACUUUCCUCGUCUACUCCUCUCUACGUAUAAACUCGUUGCCCUUCGUUUGCCCUCCUUGUGAAAAUGAAGGAAAAGUGCCGCUGGCCAACCCUGAUGCCAAGGAGUGGGGGGGGGGGGG